GUGCUAAAUAAUUUUUUUCAACAGCACAUUGUUACAUGUAUUUAUGUCGGGUUCGAGUUUCCAUUUGUGAAAGAUGUCUGCGCCCAGACUACAUUGCUUGAUGGUUUUAAGUUCAGCGGUUGAAGGUGUAUCGGCACAGUCAUUUAUCCAGGCUUACACACUUGCCAGUUCCAAUUUCUCCAUACAGCUUGCCUCGCCACACGGGAAGAAUGUGGAGUAUGUUCAGCAGGAUGACAACAACAGACGCUGGUUCAAUGAGUUCAGGAGUAAAGCCUCAUCCAACCCCAUAGCAUUCGAAACAGUGGACUCGGCAAGGUACUCUGCCCUGUUGAUUCCCUCGUCCCCCGGGGCGGUCCAUGACUUGGCCAGUAACACAGAACUCAGUCAGAUUGUCAACCACUUCAUCAGGGAGAAAAAACCAAUUUGUGCAAUAGGAAGCGGAGUUGCAGCCCUUUGUUGUGUUAUGUCACCCGAUGGUAAAUCCUGGGGAUUCAAGAACUACAGUAUGACUGGGCCCUCUGUGUUUGAGCUCGCCAGGACCCAGGAGUUUUCUUCCCUUCCUGUCAUUGUGGAAGAUUUUAUCAAGGAUCACGGCGGACAUUAUAACAAUAGUGAGAUGGAUGCUGUACACGUGAUCAUUGACAGACAUCUCAUAACUGGACAAAACGCUCACUCCACCCUGAUGGCCGUACAGAAUCUGACUCUAAUGUGUGCACAAAAUAAACAUGCAGUAUCUGGCAGCAGGGAUAUGAGGUGAUAACAUACUACCCCACUCACCAGCAUAACUUUACACAUUACGUUGACUACAUGUACAGUUUGACCAAAAUUGGAACAAACGCAAUGUGAAACAAGAAACCGAUGGCCGUACUGUACGCUUAUAUUGUUUGUGAUACUUAAAAUGGACCAUUGUCGGUAACCAGGUGUAUGGUGAUUGGUAUGGUGGUUAAGUGAAAUGUAACGACUUUAGUUAAGGAAUUUGAUUAUUAAUUGGUGAUUAAUGGUUGGUCGUGAUCAAAUCAAAUAAUUAAAAGCCCAAAAGGGCUUUUUAUCAGAUUUGAUCAGGGCAUAACCACCUCAUAAUAAAAAAAAAUUCAAAAAGUGAUUCCUUUAAGUUUUUAUUUAGAUUUCUACAGUUUUUAGCAAUUGUACGGUUCAUAUUGAAUUAUAGACAUUUUUAGUUAUUUUCAUUUCGUAUUAUAAUACAAACCCCGCUUGCUGCCCACAUGUACGUUAUUUGUGUCAUUGAGGAAAUGUAUUGGACUCAUCUGUAUCAGCCACAAAGACACUAGAACACGCAAAUACUGAAGAAUGUUUUGUUAAAAAAUGCGAAAUCUUCUUUGUUUAGUACAUUUAUUCCAUCUAUAAAAACAGUGUUUACCUGAGUCAUGAUCAGUUGUUUUGUGUUUGUUUUCUGCGUUGUAAAAAGGAGCAAAGUAUCAGCACAAUCAUGUUCGUAACGUUGUGUGGCUUUGUAUAUUGUGAAAUGAAACAAAAAAUGAAAAACAAGUUUGGCAUAUGCUUGUUCAAUAUGAUCAAAUAGAAAUAGCAGGGUUGCUCAGUUGAUGACAACAUACAUAAGAAAGGGUUUUUAGCUCACCGAGACGAAGUCGGGGGAGCUUAUGCCAUACCCCCGUCGUCGGCGUCGGAGUCCGGACCUGGUUAAAGUUUUUGUUGCAGGUCCUGUUUCUAAGUUAUUACUUAUGCAUCUGGACCUAAUUAUGGACUUAAAGGACUUGGAAAUUGUACUAUUAUAUGAU